UUCACUCGCGCUGGUUUUGAAUGGCAUUGACUGACGUCACGAAAUGCGGCGCAUAGGCGAGUGUUUAAAACUGUGAAGCAUUUCAGGAUGGAACUCGGAGAAUAAGAAAUAGGGGAACACACGCAAUCGACUGCACGCAUGCAAGCCAAGGCUCGAUAGCCUACAACCGACCAUCAACUGAUCUGAGGGACUUUACUAAACGUGCGACCAGGCGGAAAACUUAACUCCUGCCGAGAAACUUAUAGUGCGCAGUAAAUUAAAAAUACAUUUCAUACAGUGGAGAUGUUUCAACUCCGUGAAGUUGUAAUUAUAUUGUUACUGGCGGUGGUGGCGGAAUGUGGAGCCGUACCGCAGAAGGGGGCUCCUCUGGGCGACUGCCCGUCCCGCUGUCACUGCGAAGAAGACGGCAUGCUUCAGAGGGUCGACUGCUCGGACCUCGGGCUCACGGCACUACCAGACAACCUGAGCGUCUUUACCUCCUAUCUCGAUCUGAGCAUGAACAACUUGACCCUGCUGCCCAGCAGUGCCCUCACCAACCUCCACUUCCUAGAAGAGCUACGUCUUGCAGGGAAUGACUUGACUUUCAUCCCCAAAGGAGCGUUUGCAGGACUCUUCAAUCUCAAAGUUCUGAUGCUCCAGAACAACCAGCUGCAGCAGGUUCCUGGAGAGGCCCUGCAGAAUCUACGGAACCUCCAGUCCUUGCGUCUGGAUGCCAAUCACAUUUCCAGCGUCCCCCAAGGCUGUUUCUCAGGCCUUGUGUCCCUGCGCCACCUGUGGUUGGAUGACAACGCCCUGACGGAGGUGCCAGUCUAUGCCCUGGGCACCCUGCCCUCCCUGCAGGCCAUGACCCUCGCUCUGAACCGCAUCACGCACAUCCCGGACCGAGCCUUCGCCAACCUCUCCAGCCUGGUGGUCUUGCAUCUGAAUAACAACAGGAUCUCCUCUCUGGGAACACUGAGCUUUCAGGGCCUCCACAACCUCGAGACGCUGGAUUUGAACUACAACAGUUUGGAGGAGUUCCCUGUUGCUAUCCGAGCUCUCAGCCACCUGAAGGAGCUGGGUUUUCACAGCAACAGCAUCCAGUCCAUCCCCGAGCAUGCCUUCACGGGAAACCCCUCUCUCCUGACAAUAUUCUUCUAUGACAACCCCAUCCAGUUUGUGGGCAGAUCAGCGUUCCAGCAUUUGCCUGAGCUUCGUACACUGUCUCUGAAUGGAGCAGCAGAGAUCACAGAGUUCCCAGACCUGACUGGCACCAUGAGCCUGGAAAGCUUAACCAUCACUGGAGCCAGAAUCACCUCUCUGCCUCGCAAUGUUUGUGACCAGUUACCUAACCUGCAAGUUCUAGACCUGUCCUACAACCGGAUCCAGUCUCUUCCCAGCCUCAGGGGCUGUGAGAAGAUCCUGAAGAUUGACCUGCAUCACAACGAGAUAGAGGAGGUUCAUGAGGACACUUUCCAGGGCCUGGCGUUGCUACGAUCUCUAGACCUGGCAUGGAACAAACUGACACUUCUGGACGAACAAUCCUUUACCAGCCUCCCAGCCCUGGCCAAACUAGACCUCACGUCAAACCAGCUCUCCUAUCUGCCCGUGUCCGGUCUCCAUGGUCUGACCCAACUCAAACUGGCUGGGAACACAGCACUGCACGGACUUCUGGCUGCGGACAGCAUGCCAAAACUUAGGGUUAUGGAGCUGCCCUAUGCGUUCCAGUGCUGUGCAUUCGUCUCUUGUGAGAAGCAUGCAAAUCCCUGGGAGAGAGAAGAUGGCACUGGCAAGGAGGAGUUUGCCAGGAGAGAUGCCAUCUUGACCAACCAAGAAGACCACGACCUAGAAGACUUCCUGCUUGACUUUGAUGACGAACCAAAGUCUCACCACUCUGUUCAGUGCUCCCCAGCACCAGGUCCAUUCCGUCCCUGUCAUCACCUCUUCGGCAGUUGGCUGAUCCGUGGAGGGGUGUGGCUCAUUGCUGCUCUCUCAUUGGUCAGCAACGGCCUGGUGAUGGUGUCCAUCUUCUUGUCGCCCUCCUUCCUGACCCCCGCCAAACUCCUGAUCGGCCUUCUGGCGCUGGUGAACUGCAUGAUGGGAGUGUGGAGCGGCGCUCUAGCCGUGGUCGACGCCCUCACCUACGGAACCUUCGCCCGCUACGGCGCCCAGUGGGAGAGCAGCGCCGCCUGCCGCAUCACCGGCUUCCUGUCUGUGUUCGCCUCGGAGACCAGCCUCUUCCUGCUGACGGCGGCGGCCCUGGAGCGAGGGCUGUCGGUGCGUCGGGGGAAGGGGGGCUCGGCGGGCACCAUGCCCGGGGAGGGGAGGGGGUCCCUGGGCACCGUGAGGCUGGUGGCUGGGCUGUGUUUCCUCCUGGGGCUGGCCGUCACCCUGCUGCCUCUCCUAGGGGACUACGGCGUGUCGUCUGUCUGCCUGCCUGUGCCCAACACGGAGCCCUCCAGCCUGGGCUUCAUGGUGGCCCUGGUCCUGGUCAACUCCCUCUGCUACCUCAUCAUGACCGUCACCUACACCCGGCUGUACUGCCGUCUGGAGAAGGGCGAGCCAGAGGACCUGGGAGACUGCUCCAUGAUCCGCCAUGUGGCCUGGCUCCUCUUCGCCAACUGCCUGCUCUACUUCCCUGUGGCUUUCCUCUCCUUCUCCUCCCUCCUGCGCCUGCCCUCCGUGGGCCCCCUGGUGGUGAAGGCCGUGCUGCUGCUGGUGGUGCCCCUGCCCGCCUGCCUCAACCCCCUGCUCUACCUGCUCUUUAACCCCCACUGCCGCGAGGACCUGGCGCUGCUGGCCAAGAGGACUCGCGGAGCCUUCCGGAAAGUUGGCCGCCUCAGUCGUGUCUCGCUCAGCUCCGAGGAUGCAGAGAAGCAGUCAUGUGACUCUACGCAGGCCCUGGUGACCUUUGGAGGUGGAUCAAGGGAGGAGGAGGAGGAAGAUCAUAGGGGGAAGGUGGGGUCACAGGUGACCAAUAGCAACUCCACUGCCUCUGAGCCACACCCACACCAACCAUCUGUUGCCUUUGUGCCUUGUCGCUAGGCAACGCCACCAAACACCAACUGCCCCCCCCCUUCCCCAACCCCUCCCCCUUCUCCCUGUGUCCUUACACCCCCACCACAGGGAGAAAAAGACAGACA